AUGUCACGAGAAGAGCUGUUGGUCUUGCGAAAGACCCUGAAAGACCUGCUGGACAGAGGAUUCAUCCGAGCGAGUAGCUCAGCGGCUGCCGCGCCGGUGCUGUUCCGCGACCGAUACCCACUGCCCCUCAUCGCGGAGACCCUGCAGAAUCUGGCCAAGGCUAAGUGGUUCACCAAGUUGGACGUGGUGGCCGCUUUCCAUAAGAUCCGCAUGGCUCCGGGACAUGAGGAAAGACUGCAUUUCGCACGAGCGUACCUGGAUGAUGUACUGAUCUACUCGAGCGGUUCGAAGGCGGAUCAUGAGGCUAAGGUGCGACGAGUUCUCCAAGCACUCGCCGACGCUGGGCUGCACCUAGACCCAGCGAAGUGCGAGUUUUCGGUACAAGAGGUCAAAUACCUUGGGUUCAUCGUCAACGCAGGGAAAGGAAUCGCCUGCGACCCCGAAAAGCAGCGCGCCAUCCGCGAAUGGGAGGCCCCGACCACGGUGAAGGGUGUCAGAAGCUUUCUGGGCUUCGCCAACUAUUACCGGAUCUUCAUCCCCGACUAUGCCAAGAUCACGCAGUCUCUGGAUGCCCUGCUUAAGAAAGGAACUGCCUUUCAUUGGGGACGAGCGGAGAACGAGGCGUUUCAGGAGCUGAAGCGACGAUUUUGCGAGUCACCGGUGCUCAAGCAGUGGGACCCGAGCCUCCCGACCUUUUUGGAGACGGAUUGCUCAGGCUACGCAUUGGGAGGCGUCCUGUCGCAGGAAGGCCCAGAUGGACGUCGACACGCAUGCGCCUUCUUCUCGAAGCGACUUUCGCCAGCGGAGUACAACUAUCCCAUUCACGACAAGGAGAUGCUUGCCAUCAUGAGAUGUCUCGACAACUGGAACGCCGAACUUAGGAGCUGCGGCCCAUUUACAAUCCUUACCGAUCACCGCAACCUGGAGUAUUUCAUGACACGCCAGAAGCUCACGGAACGGCAGAGCCGUUGGGCAGCCGAAUUGUCCCAGUUCGACUUCAAGCUCGAGUAUCGACCGGGAAGCGAGGCUGUCGUGCCUGAUGCGUUGUCCCGCCGUGAACAAGACAAGCCACAGGGCAUUGACGACGAGCGGGAACAAGGAAGAAUGAUACAGUUGAUACCGGAUAGUGCCAUUCCAUCAUCGACAAGAGCAUGUAUCAACGCGAUGAGUUCUGACUGUUCAGAGGCAUCCACCCUGCCGAAGAUGAAGGUCUUCGAGGUAGCGGACCUGCAGCAACUCUGGGACGAAACGGUGGCGAAGGACUCGAUAUUCCGGGCAGCCUAUAAGGCAGUCCGCGAUCGCGAGCGUGCCUUCCCGCCCUCGCUGGGCCUGAAGAUCCAGAUUUCAGAAUGUGCGAUCGACGCAGGCAAAAGGCUGACAUUCAGAGACCGUAUUUGGGUGCCGGGUGGAUCCGGAGAGGAGGGUAACCAGGAGGAAGCUGAGAAAGACCAGUUGAGAACCCGCAUUGUGCAGCAGUCGCAUGACUCUGUUGCGACCGGUCAUCCCGGCAGGAAGGUACGCUGGCUAUUGUGGCUCGGCGAUUCUACUGGCCUGGGCAGUCCCAGCUGGUUCGCCGGUACGUAG